AUGUCACGUGUCCACUACGCAUUCUCUCGACUUACAGAUCGUGCCUCAGACGUCGCUCUAGAUAACGUCAACGAAGGGAUCUAUCCGGAUUGGGUAGAUCUAAUCGAAGAACUAAAGCUCAACUUCGGUGAUGCUGACCCGGAGUACUCUGCCAUCUGCCGUCUCGUAAAGACGAGGCAAACGCACCGACCCUUCUCCGAAUUCUAUCCGGAGUUCAAGCAGACCGCUAGAAGAACGCCAUUUCGGGACCAUGGUCUUAAGGGACUACUCCGACUUGCACUAUCUAAGGAACUCACAGAGAAGCUGGCCAUGGUUGACGUCAGAGACAUGUCAUAUGAAGCCUUCGUCCAAGAGUGCACUCGGCAGGACAACCUACUACGCGCCACGCUGUCACGACAGACAACCAGGUCAUGGAAGCCGCCUAUGAGUUCAACUGUCUCAGUUCCGGCCCCCGCCCGUCCCGUCGCGCCUGCCCCUGUUUCCUAUGACCCUAUGGACAUAGAUCACUCGGCCCGCAGAGCCUCCAACGAACGCGAAGCCGAACGAGAACGUCGACGCAAUCUAAGCCUUUGUUACUACUGCGCGGGCCCGGACCACAGAGCCAAUGCAUGCCCAGAAAAGCCAAAGCCAAAGCCACGGAGCAACCUUCGUACCGUCUCUUCUACGCCUACCAUAGCGUCCUCGACUCCGGUGUUCACUCCAGCAACCUCGCGAGCAACUACACCCGUUGCCUCGGCCUCCCUCGCCCCUCUUCCUCCGUCCAGCAGUUGUGUCGAUGCAAAGUCGUUAAACGAAGCAACCCUGAACUAA